CAUUAUCACCAUAAGCAGCUACUUAUAUCAGCUACCCGUAGUCUUUUUGUUCACCUUACCAUUCUCAACGGCGUUUCUGGUAUAUCUUUCACGAAAAUGGUCGAGCAAGUUCCUCUCCCGCCUCCACCUCCGCAAUGGGUUCUCGAUCUCGACUCGAAGCCCAUUCGCAAGUCCAAGCCAGCUAGCAUUCCCGAUCCACCAGGCUAUGUCGCCGGCGGUACUGGCAACACGAAGCGCACCAAACAAACCCAACAGCAACAACGCACUCCCCCCACCGCCGAAGAAACCAACCAACUGAAGCUCAAGAAAGCAUGGGAACUCGCGCUUGCACCAGCCAAGCAGCUGCCGAUGAAUGGCAUCAUGAUGUACAUGUCUGGAAAUUCGCUGCAGAUCUUCAGCAUCAUGAUGGUGUUUAUGCUCUUCAAGGGUCCCAUUCAAGGCCUGAUGAAUGUGAACCAGGUGUUUUCGCGAUUCGAAGCAGAAGGCAUUCAGAGUCAGAUGCUGGGCAUCAAGCUUGUCUAUGUUCUUAUGCAAUUACUUGCGCUCGGUUUAGGUGUUUGGAAAGUCAAUGGCAUGGGAUUGUUGCCAACCGCACGAUCAGACUGGCUUGCAUGGGAAACUGAACGAUUACCACUAGAGCGCGCCAUUCCCGCGUUCCGAUGAUCUCAAUCCCUCUUUUCCUUUUCUAUUCUCUAUUACUCUCUUAAACAUACGUUUUUACAUAGCACAUGUAUUCGUGGCCCCUUGCCGUAGAUGCGAGUGUCUCGACACGUUGACGUUAUUUCAUGUAUUCGAGAUCAACUGCGACCAUAUCAAAGCUCUCAGACUAGUAUAACCGCUCUAAAUGAAGAUCAUCACC